CAUAGGCUACUGACAAAUUGAGUGGACAUGUUCACAACAGAUUUCGCUUGGCCUGUGUAUUAAGUCUAAAUGAUUUAUUAAUACCCAUCUCACGUCACAGGGAUAUUUCCAGGGGAUCACGAAGUACCUUGUCAACUAUGUAAACUCUGCAUAACCUGACAAGAGUUACGUACGAUGGAAGUAAAAACAACACAGACACACUUGAAGCAAUAUGAUGUAAUUUCAGCUGUUCAGGGCACUAAUGGCUCUUCUUCACCUACCGGGGUGUCGCAUUACCAGAUGUUAGGCGAACUUUUUGGUUUUAAUCGUUGUUUGCCUUGGAGUGGAAAGUUCCCCACCGAAACCGCCCCUCCUACAACUAAGGAUCUAUGAUAGUCAACAUGUACAAAUUGACAAGAGUCAGAAGAGCCCUUCUCACUCUUGAGGAUCUUGCACAAGCUGAAAAUGACCACGGGCGUGGAGCGACUAUUCGACGAACUUGGACACUUUAAAAGGUUUCAGGCAUGUCUCUACUUUGCUGCUAUUUUCCAGGCCAUCUCCUGUGGAAUACAUUACCUUGCCUCGGUUUUCUUAGUUGAAACACCUAAAUUUCUUUGUGACACUCCAAAUAUCACAGACGUUCUGUAUAGAAAUCACUCAUCAACCUCUCUGGCAGAUAUCUGGACUCAUUACAAGCCAGGUGAUGGGCCAGUGGUUGUACGGACAGCUGGAGGAGACCAGUGGGAACUUAGUCCUUGUUUAAAAGCGCUGCGGCUUGAUGCCAUCAAUUUUCAAUACAAGUUUUUUGGGAACAAGACUGUGGAGACAUGUGGUGGCUUUGUGUAUGAUCACAGCGAAGUUGAGCAGAGCAUCGUAACAGACUGGGACCUGGUGUGUGAGAAGGAAUGGCUGGCCAAGCUUUCACAGCCAACUUUUAUGCUGGGAGUUUUGAUUGGAGCCUUGGUGUUUGGGGAUGUUGCAGAUAGAAUUGGUAGACGGCCCAUUCUCAUGGCUACCAGCUUGUGCCAGUUUAUUUUUGGGGUUGCUGUGGCAUUCACAGGAAACUACUACCUCUUUGUGAUGAUGCGUUUCCUUCUUGCCAUGGUGUCAAGUGGGUAUCUGGUUGUAGUCUUUGUGUAUGUGACAGAGUUUACAGGAAUUAAGGUGCGCACAUGGACCUCUAUGCAUGUGCACGCUGCCUUUGCUGUGGGCGUCAUGGUAGUGGCUCUGGUGGGGUACCUUGUUCGUGUCUGGUGGAUCUACCAGAUCAUCCUCACUCUCAGUACCUCUCCAUUCUUGCUCUACUGCUGGAAGUUUCCAGAAACACCAUUCUACCUAAUGGCUAAAGGGCGGUACAAGGAAGCCCAGGAGCUGCUGGACACUAUGGCCUACUUCAAUGGCCUGCCACCCACCCUUAAGGUGUCAGAGCUUAUGGAUGAAUGUGAUGGAGCACUGUUGAAGGAUAAUAAGCAAUCAGCUGGGAAAGCAAUGGAAGUCGAGAAGAGGCUAAGCAUCCUGGACAUGUUUGGAAGCUUGAAAAUGGCUGGUCGCAGCGUCACCUGCUGGGCAAUCUGGUUCAUCGGAAGCUUGGGAUACUAUGUCUUCAGCCUGGGGUCUGUCAACCUUGGUGGAAAUCAGUAUAUCAACCUCUUCCUGGCUGGUGCUGUUGAGGUUCCGUCAUACUUGAUUGGCUGCUUUGCAAUGGAUCGUGUCGGCAGGAAGAAGACAUGUGCCCCAGCUCUGCUGCUCGGUGGAGUAGCCUGCAUGCUCAUUAUUGUGGUCCCCCAGGAUAUUGAGGUACUGGCUAUAGUCCUGAGUAUGACUGGGAAAUUUGCUAUUGCCAUUGCAUUCGGGUUGAUUUACUUGUACACCUGUGAGCUUUACCCCACAAUUAUCAGGUCUCUGGCUGUAGGCAGUGGUAGUAUGAUGUGUCGGGUGGGAAGUGUGGUGGCUCCUUUCUGCGUUUACCUUGCUGACAUUUGGAUCUAUCUGCCUCAGCUCAUUGUGGGAAUUCUGGCUUUCAUCAUUGGAAUCCUGACCAUGUUUCUUCCAGAGACUCUAGGACAGCCCCUCACCUCGACUUUGGAAGAAGCUGAAGCUCUGGGCUCCAAGCCCAAUACAAAGAAUCCUCCAGUGGAUGCACUAGAGAUGAACCAAUCCAUUAAAGUUUAAAUCCGUUUUCACACAGGAUCCUGAAAGUGCCUCUGCUGUCUAACAACAGUACAACAGUACUCCAGUAUGAACGAGACAUCAAAUGGUUUUUGACAUGUGAUAGUUUUUUUUUUUUUUUUUUUUUUUUGCAGGUAUCUGUGGGUAGAUGAGGCUGUGUUGUGCGUGAGUGAGUUUGGAAAAAUUACUGAAAAACAUGAUAUUUUGAAAUUGUUCUGAAAGGUAUUAUCUUAAUUUUAACAAAGUAAGAGCUUGCAAGGCAAUACCUCAUUAAUCUAAACCGCUAAGUAUUACAUUUUUGCAUUUCAGCCCAAACCAGUUACUGUAUGCACAGAUGCUUAAAGUCACAUUAGUGACAUUUUAGCACAUUUCUGCAGACAAAAAAAGUUCCACUGUCUAUAGUGUAGUGAUGUAGUAUAGUGUAGACAGCUUACACAGAAGCCCUUUACAAGCCAAGAAUUCAUGACCAACUUGAACCCGUUGCGAAAUUCUUGUGGAAUCCUAUUGAAAUGAUUGGAUUUCACCUAAUAAAUCAACUAAAAGGUAAAUGUGACUGCACCUUUCUUUAAAAAAAAAAAAAAAUCUAUUUGCAUUUCAUAAAUGGUUUGAAUUUAAGAAAUGCAAAUUUAGUUUUGACUCUACAAAUUCAAUUAAUUACAGCAAUUAUAGCAAUGUGAACAUAGUUGAAUGAUGAACAUUUCUAUGCACUGUGUUAUGGAUCUUAAAGGAUUAGUUCACUUUAAAAUGAAAAUUACAUCAUUAAUUACUCACCUCAAGCCAUCCUAGGUGUAUAUGACUUUCUUCUUUCAGACAAAUACAAUUGGAGUCAUGUUAAUAAACACCCUGACGGUAUCAAGCUUUAUAAUGGCAGUGAGCGUGGAUCACGUGUUUGACGCUCAAAUAAGUGCGUCCAUCCGUCAUAAACAUACUCCACACAGCUCUGGGGGGUUAAUAAAGGCCUUCUGAAAUGAAGCUUCCGGCCAAACUGCCAGGUGGAUUCUGCUUACGUCUAAAGUGUAACUUAUAUGAUGUAUAGCGUAGGAUGUCGCGUAUCAUCAUGGCGUAGAAUAAUAAGUCAUGGUGUGACGUAAGUUAUGCUGUAGACGAAAGUGGAAUCCCUAUGGCAGUUUAGCCGGAAGCUAGUUAUUUUACUUUAUAACAUGUUAAAUAUGGAUAUUUUUCUUACACAUACACAUCGUUGCAUUUCAGAAGUCCUUUAUUAACCCCCCCACCCCCACCCCAUGUGGAGUAAGUUUAUGACGGAUGGAUGCUAUGCUUUUACUUGAGCGUCAAACUCGUGAUCCCCGCUCAUUGCCAUUAUAAAGCUUGAUAGCGUCAAGGUGUUUAUUAAUACAACUCCAAUUGUAUUCAUAUGAAAGAAAAAAAGUCAUAUACACCUAGGAUGGCUUGAGUAAAUCAUGGAAUAAUUAUCAUUUUAAAGUGAACUUAGCCUUUAAACACCAUCUACCUACAUUUAUUGACUGUAUUAGCAACACUCACCUUUAGUAGCUAGACAAAGAAAAUUGUUCAUUAUCAGUUAAUGGUGUGAUGAGUUUCUAUGCAUGAUUCAUUGAAAGACAGUCAUUGUUUGUAGGAAGUUGUUUUUAUACAAUUGCAUCUCAGGGUUUAGCUCAAAAUUGAUCAGUAUUGUUCAUAGUAAACUGUGACUGUACUUUAUAAUACUUCAGAACUUAUGUUUAUUCUGGGUGCUUUUGUAUUAUUUUCAUUAUUUUUAAUCUUCCUGUCCUGUGUUAUCAAUCGCUUUGCUUUACAUGAGGAAUGUAUUAUCUAGACAAGUUUAUUAGUAGUAUUAAGUAGUAUAUAGUAGUAUGUGCUAAAAAAUUUUUGUAAAGUCUUGACUUGAGGAUUUGAUUUAUUUGUAAUACAGCUAUUUUUUUUCUCUUCAUAGACUCCAUAGACUUUACAAUCAAUGUUUUAUCAUUUUCCUCAAACUCUUGACAUUUUUGUGUUUUGGACCAAUAAGGCAGGGAUAGUAGAUUCUUGCUGUAGUCAUGUGCAGUUGUCAUAGCAACAUGUUUGUCUAAAGAAUGUCACAUAUUAAUAAAUAUGAUAUAGUGUAUAAAAUAA